AUGGCCGACUUAUCACAGCACGCAAAUUAUACAGGCGCCUACUCUGGUCUCCUCAACAAUUUAUGGUUGACAUUGGGUAUUGCGGGGGCAUGCCUACUGGGAUAUGAGAUCGAGGUCCGGAUACCGCGGCGGCGAGGGUGGCAGGGCGGGAAGAAGAGGGCAGUAGUGCGGAUAUGGUGGGCUGGGAAGAAGGCCUGGGUGCGAUAUCGUCGGCGAGGCGAGGACGGGAUAGACAAGGAGAAAGGAGGGGAAAAGCGGUCAUUAGAGGAGCCAGAGAGCAAUUUGGCCAAGGAGCGGCGGAGGGUUGGAGACAGGGAACAUUGGGAGUUCGGGUACAUAUAUCAGCCGAAGACUUGGGGAUUAAAUGCCUCAGCUCCCGUACCAAAAUGGCCCCUUGCCUGGACGGUGGACGUCCUCAAGAUUCGGGAGGCGGAUAUGCCCCCAAUAUGGGGAUUGGACAUCACGCUCCACAUCCGCUUCCUACGGGCAUGCUUCUUCUACACGCUCCUCCAGCUCCUUAUUGUCGCUCCAAUCCUCCUCCCUCUUCAUAUCCUGUAUUCUCCCUCAAACGUCGACAUCACCUCAAUGAUCCGCGCUGGUAUAUCAAGUCUCGUCGAGAGCUCCGGUUCAAAAUGGCUUUGGGUACACUCGCUUCUGAUCUGGUGGGUGACAGCGUGCUGGGUGUUGACGGUCAUAUGGAUCAUAUGGGGCGGAGCGGGAUAUAGGCGUCGGGAGGUGGCGAGAUUGAGGAUCAAAGUGGAGGCGGAACGGGCAGCGGCAAAAUCUGGGGGAUCAGUGUCAAGCGGCACUGUAGGCGAGAUGGAGGAGGAGCCGGUGGGAGUCAAGCAAUAUCGGACGUUGAUGAUUCUCAAUAUCCCGCCAGAUAUGCGAGACGAAGAAACCAUGGAAGACUACUUCAAUCACUAUGUCCACGAACAUCGCCGUCGCGUCCUCUCCCGCACCCGCCCGAAUCAACCCAUCACCAUUACCGCACCCAGCAGAGCCGCAUCUCCCGCCCCGACACCCAUUGGGCCCAUGUCCCUCUUCAAGAAGGCGCCGCGGCCCGUCACCAGUGAGAAAGCUUCGCCUGACUCUAAAGUGGAGGAUGUGAUUUUGGUGCGGAAGUUGGGAUCGAUCAUCAGUCUACGCGAGCGAAGAUUGAAGGUGUUAAGGGAAUUGGAGAUGGCCCACGUCAAGCUCGCUCGUCGCGUCCUGUCCGCUGUAUCCGCCCACAAGAAACACCAUCGACCCUCCCCAGAUCCUUUCGUUGCCGAUGCUGGGGCUCGUGAUGGCUUGCCGGUCAAAAAGGAACGGAUGGACAAGCUUGUAGCGGCUUUGGGCGGAUUUGUCGAUGAUGAGGACGAGCAGAAGGGCGAGGGUAGCGUGACGGUCUGGGAGGCGAUGCACAAUCUACCUCGCCAGCUCCUCGACCCCUACCAGGCUCUCACCCAUCUCAGCUUCACCUUCCGGUUCCGCAAGACCAACGCCCCACUCAUCGACUACCUCACCACCAAACUUGCCUACCUCACUAUCCUCCUUGACGACGCGCGCGCUAAGCCCAUGUCGUCCUACCCCGCCUCGAGCGCCGCAUUCGUCACAUUCCGGGAUGCUCGGACUGCGCGUUUGGCACUCAAGGUACUAGAGAACCAUCCGAAGCGGAGACUUGCGUGCCAUACUCAGCCUGCUCCAGAUUGGGCGGAGCUGCUUUGGCCGCGUUUGGGUUUGAGCGUAUACAGGAGCGAGUUUGUCAGGGGUUGGGUGGUUUUUAUCGGAGUAUGGGCCUUCACCCUAGCAUGGAUCUUCCCAGUAUCCCUCUUCUGCGCCUUGACGUCCCUUACCAACAUCGCUGGUUUCCUCCCGCAGCUCAAAUCCUGGUUAGACGCAAAUCCAGACUCUGCAUCGGCCAUCACCUCCCUCGCUCCUGUUAUCCUCGUCGCUCUGUUGACAAUCGCUAUCUGCCCCAUUCUGCUGGUCAUCGCCAACAAGGCGGAGACUAUCGUUACCAGGCUAGGAAUCCACAAUAGUGUUCUGGAGAGAUUCUGGAAGUUCCUGAUGGUCAAUGGUGUCGUCUUCUUCGCUAUCGGCCAAUCCGCCAUCGAAGCAUACCUCACCGCUUUUCAGACAAACGACUUUGACCCCCUGCCUAUCGUCGCAUCGGCAUUCCCUACCGCUGCUCCGUACUUCGCCAGCUACAUUUUGCUUCAGGUCGCCAUCCAGCCAUGCUUUGAGAUCUUCCGCUUCGGGCUUCCGGCGAUAGUCUACUGGUUCGGUAAUAGGUGGAGCAAUAUUCCAAGACAGCGAUCUUCGCGGACCGAGUAUCCUACUUUCAGUCACUUCUCCCAAUUGCCCUAUCAAUUACUUGCUGGUGCAAUUAUGCAUCUGUUCAUGUUGUUGAAUCCCCUUGUCAUACCUUUCACCCUGAUCUAUUAUGCUACUUGUUACAUCGUAUGGAAACGCCAAUUCGCCUACGUAUACGGUCGCUUGUAUGAGAACAACGGACGAAGAUCUUGUAUCCGGAUCCUGCGGUAUAGUCUCGAUGCUCUGGCUUUGGGUCAAGUGAGAGAGGCGAUCUCGACGGGAAUCUUGUUCUUCCUUACCUUGGGUCUGAAACUCGUGUACGUCAGCGUCUGCUUUGUAAAGGGGAUGUGUGCUGAUUCUCAGUCUUACUCGUGCCAUCAAACAACGAUUCGACAAGUGAGUCGCUGGCAGAGGUCAAGCCAGACCAAGCUGAUCAUCCAGCCUCGAGAUCGAGCAAGCGGACAUUCUCUGCCCUCCAGUCCCGCGCGAAGACACCCACGACGGCUCGGUCGAGGAUACUUUCGAGGUGCUAGACGAGCACGGAAAGCCUCACCCCCACACAUCCCUCCGGAUGCAGAGCAGGUUCCAGCUCUUCCGUGA